CGUGAAAAUGUCAGUCUUACACAAUGUUAAACUGAAAUUUGUUCGGAAAAAUAAGUUUUGAUUAACUGUAAUUAAAGAUCCAGACAGGGUCAAGUGACGUCUUUCCUUUCUUCUCCCAACGCAACGGUUCAGACUUGUGGAAAAACCAGUUAAACAAUUUUUAGUAAUGAAAGACUCAGAGGCCUUUAAAUGGUCAGUUCGCGAGUUUAUUUUGCCUAAUCAAGAUGCGGCACUUGAUCGCCUUGUUGUUAACCGUGCUGUUGUAUAAUGAGUCUGAUGCAGCGUGUCGUCACUCUUAUAUGACUUUCUGUGACGAUUUGAGCGACCUCGGCAAUUAUAACAUUGAGGAUUGGAGGGAAAUCGUGGUAGGAACGGAGUCGUAUAAUGCGUCUCAGCUUAAGACAAUCGACCACACCUCCUUGCCGUUUUACAAGAUGGAAAGAUUGGUCACUCUGAUCAUCGUCGGCCAAAUUAAGGAGAUCAAGAUGUUUACUUUUGCGCUGAAUCACUACUACAAUCGCUUGAACGUUUUGGAGUUUUACGCAAACGACAUCAAACGAAUCAAAUUCACCACUUUCGACACCAUGACGUUGACAAAACUGGGUUUGGUGAACAACAACAUCGAGAAUCUUAGCAAGGGAAUGUUCUACAACUGCCACAUAACAACGAUAGAUGUGUCCCACAACAAGCUGGAGGCGAUUGAAGUCGACGUGUUCACGGAAACAAACUUGUACAAUUCCACCAAAGAACUGAUCCUGCGGCAUAACCGAAUCGAGUUAAUGGAGUCCGGUUGCCUUCCCAGCAGUUUAGAAAUCCUCAAUUUGGAUCACAACAAGAUGAACGUCAUAAACAUCGAACUCUUCAAGAACGUGUGUUGUCUCAAAGAACUGACACUUAGCCACAACAACUUAAAAAACAUAGCUUUCGCCAUAGUCCUCAACCAACUGAGAUGGCUGGACGCUUCCCAUAACAUAGUCAAAGUGGUCUACUCCCAACAUUUAAACAAUCUCACGAAGCUGGAAGUCCUGGAUUUGGGGCACAAUAUAAUUGACUCUCCUGUGGUCUUCAAGAGGUUCAAUUUAACACAAAGGGCGCUACAAAUAUCGCUCGCUUUUAACAAACUGACACAUUUGGUGAUUGACGAGAACAACUUCCGGGACCAUGUGGUGUAUUUGUACGGGAAUCCCUGGAAUUGCAAGUGCUGGCAAAUGCUGGAACAGUUCAUGAUUGACAAUAAAGUGAAACGAAGUGCGUGUGAUUUGAAGUUUUUCGGUAAUGGGGAGGUUCCCUACUGUCUUGAAUACGGCCAGAGUGACUGCAGAAGCGGCAGCUUUGACAAAAAUACGAACAUCACGCGACAUGACAUCGACACUUUUACCAACGUUGUUAAAGACACCUUAAAUAAAAUAAAGUGCCGACAUUCGCCCAGAUUAUGGCAGAAAUAACCAAUUGUAAUAAAACACAUUUGCCAAAAUUGUUUGUUUUAUUUUGUAGAAAACUAUUACUAUUUUAGAGUAAGCAUGAUUCAGUGAUUUCAUUGAUACCGAUAACAAGUUUAUCACUUUGUCGCAGGAAAUGUGAUUUUUAUUAUUUAAUAGCGGGUAUAAAUCUCGUAACUGAACAAGAGAGUUACAGAGUUUGACAAUGAGUACAAAAUUUUUGGUCAGCAUUUUGUUAUUGGUGCAGAGUUACAACUCAGUGGUACUAUCUAGUGCCAUUGACGACGCAAAUGCUGCCUUAAAUGCCUUGAGAGAAAAUGUUAACAAUGGUAUCAGCGACUCUCUCAAAGCUUACACAGUUAUGGCUCAGGAAAUCGAUUCCACAGUCGAGGUCACAAAAACUAACGCUUUUGGAAUAAUUUCAUCAACGGGUGAUGAUUAUUUGGCACAAUAUCAAGCAAUUAAAAAAUCUGCCGAAGAUUCUGGUCUUAAUGUCACCAACUGUGUCGAAAUUUUUGAAGAUAAACUUAUGAAUUUAGCUUCUGUUUAUAUCAACGGUUUGGUGGAUUGUGUCGAUACCCAGGUGGAUGGUUUCAUAUACAAUUUGGAAAUUACUUUCGAUAUAUUGUCAGGAAAUAUUCUUGGUGAUGUUUUCAUAUUUGAGCAACGAGUACUCAAGUGUAGGGACGAUGAUUGUCUUAGUGAAGCUACUGGAGAAAUUUCCAGAAUAAACGCUGCUAUUACGAGCCAGAUUAAUAAUUUUCUUCAGCGUGAAGCUAGCGAUAUGCAGGACUAUAGGGCAACAGUUGACAAGUGCGGAGUGAAAUUUACGUCGGUGGCUGACGGUCAAGGGAAAUCUUACGUCAGCGGCUUCCAGGACUGUGUUAAUUCAGAGUGUUCUAACAGGAUCUAAAUUUUAGUAGAAGGUUGUUUUUGAAAAAAAGAUACACAAAAGUAAUACGCUUUCUGUUUCAUUUUUUGUCAUCUUAUUAUUAUCAUCUAAUUGUGGACUGUUUUCCUGAAUCCUUCUCAAGGGAUUUAACUCGUAAAUACACCGUUUUGAGAUGAAAGUAA